GAUAUUUUUGAUCCAACUGAACUUAUCAAUGGAAUUCGCCAGCUGUACAAGACUCGUGAGGGAUGGCUCUCACCAUUUCCAUGGUGUGAAGAGUUUCAGUUUUUUCUUGGAAAUAUUUUUACAAGGCUCAAAGUGGUCAGAAGAAAGAAAACGAGAGGACAAAUCACUGACGUAUUUGUUGACAUGUCGUCAAUACUAGACCCGUAUGAAGAGUGUUCAGCGCCGAGAACGGUGUUGAUUGAAGGAGAACCUGGUAUGGGAAAAACCACCUAUUGUAAAAAGUACGCCUACGACUGGGCCACCAAAAAGCAAGCACCUCAGGGCUGCGGCUCAACAGCAUUAAAAUUGGUAUUGUUGCUGAAAUGUCGAGAUAUCCACUCUGACGUUUGGGAAGCCAUUGAUGAUCAGCUGCUGCCCCUAGGCAUCGAUGAAAAAGUCAAACAACAAUUUUUUCAGUUUAUUCGUGAAAAUCAGUCCAGCAUUUUAUUGAUAUUGGAUGGAUUGGAUGAGUUACCAUCCGGGAAAUUGUCGAUGUUUUCCAAAUUAAUUGAAGGAAGAGAACUCCCUAAAUGCCACAUAGUUGCAACAGCAAGACAAGAAGCUGGAAAAGAGGUGAGAAAAUGUUGUGACGCGCUGCUUCAGAUCGAAGGAUUCACUGAAAAGCAUGUGAUAGAAUUUGUCACCAAGUACUUUAAAGAAAGGACGGAUUUAGCCACCAAGCUCUCGCAACGGAUGUCGCGAGAUAAAAACCUGACAGAAAUAGCGGCCAAUCCUCUAAACACAGCACUUCUUUGCCUUUUAUGCGAAGAGUUUGAGGGCACACUCCCCGAAAGCAGAGCUCAACUGUACUUGGAUAUGGUUGAAUGUGUUUUGAGAAGAUAUAGAAAAAAGAAGGGACUAUUAGAAAAGAUCGAAGACCUGACAAACCAUUACAAACCGCAAUUGAAUCACCUUGGAAAGGUAGCGUUGAAUGGUUUACUCGACGAUAAGCUGGAUUUAAAUGAAAGUGAAUUGAGAAACCAUGCAAAAGACUUGACUGAAUUUGGGUUUCUGUCAGUGCAGCGUGGUGGCAGCAAACUGAGACAAACACUGCAUUAUGCCUUCUUACAUAAAAGUUUUCAAGAAUUCUUUGCAGCAUUCUUCAUUUGUUCUCAGAUUCAAAGCAAGGAAAGGAAACCUGAAGAACUAGUUUCCGAUCCAAGGUAUUUCGUUGAACUUAAACAAAUACUUUUGUUUUCGUGUGGAAUUUUGGCCAUGAAAUGCGAUGAAAAGGUUGUGGCUCUUGUAAAGAGUUUAACAAAUGGAGUCAACAAAAAUGAAGGCCGUGGUGCAAAAAUUGUAUUGGAGGCCAUCAACGAAUGCAAAAGAGAAAAAAGUGAUUUUCACUCGCAUUUAUCGCAGUCGUUUGGAACUGGUUUGAAUCUGACCAAUUUGAAUUUGUCUGGGAAUGGUAUUAGUGAUGCGGGUGCUACAUGUAUUGCUGAGGCAAUGAAAGUGAACAAGACGCUAACCAAUUUGAAUUUGUCUGGGAAUGAUGCGGGUGCUAUAUGUAUUGCUGAGGCUUUGAAAGUGGACAAGACGCUAACCAAUUUGUAUUUGUCUGGGAAUGGUAUUAGUGCUGCGGGUGCUACAUGUAUUGCUGAGGCAAUGAAAGUGAACAAGACGCUAACCAAUUUGAAUUUGUCUGGGAAUGGUAUUAGUGAUGCGGGUGCUACAUGUAUUGCUGAGGCAAUGAAAGUGAACAAGACGCUAACCAAUUUGAAUUUGUCUGGGAAUGGUAUUAGUGCUGCGGGUGCUACAUGUAUUGCUGAGGCAAUGAAAGUGAACAAGACGCUAACCAAUUUGUAUUUGUCUGGGAAUGGUAUUAGUGAUGCGGGUGCUACAUGUAUUGCUGAGGCAAUGAAAGUGAACAAGACGCUAACCAAUUUGAAUUUGCGAUACAAUGGUAUUAGUGCUGCGGGUGCUACAUGUAUUGCUGAGGCAAUGAAAGUGAACAAGACGCUAACCAAUUUGAAUUUGCGAUACAAUGGUAUUAGUGAUGCGGGUGCUACAUGUAUUGCUGAGGCAAUGAAAGUGAACAAGACGCUAACCAAUUUGAAUUUGUCUUGGAAUGGUAUUAGUGAUGCGGGUGCUACAUGUAUUGCUGAGGCAAUCAAAGUGAACAAGACGCUAACCAAGUUUGAUUUGUGUUAGAAUGGAAUGUCUUGCCUAGGCAAUUAAAGCAGGGUUUAAACAACUUUCAAGUAGAAGGGCACUGCCUUUAAAGUAGGCAGGUACCUUGGAAAAUUGAGGGCCGAAGGCCCGAACUUCUAGGGGUGUCCGGGGGCAUGCUCCCCCGGGAAAUUUUUAAAAGAAAAGUCUCCCAGAAACGCAUUUUCCUGCAAUCUGGAGAAGAAAUCUUCUUGGAAUUAUGCAUACUUAAUCUAUUAUAAUAAAAAAAAAAUGGUCCUCUGGGAGAAUUUGUUUAUUUCACUGUUGUUUUCGGAGCCUCUUUUUAUCCUACAGUUACAAGUUAAAGGCCCAUUUCCAACCUUGAUGCAACUCGCGCCGCGAUCCAAUUUCCUGUAACACGAAAUUCCCAGAUCACUGAAACCCUUCUAAAAUCGUCCUUCUCAAGAGCCAUCCUGAACAUAUAGUCAACAGUUUUACGGUAAAUACAUUCGCCGUUCGUUAUUUCACUGUUUCCUUACAGUAUUUUGAAUUUUGUCUUGAAGAAUCCUAAGAAAAAGUUUUUUAAGUGUUACGCCUGGAGCUCUUCGUACUCUCUGAAGAGUCGGCGAAAAGGACAAUAUUCAAAUUUUUUCACUUUCUAGAAGCGCUUGAGGAUUCUAAAUGAAGACAAAAUACUUCCGAUAGAAACUGGUUUUUUUCAAAGAGAAAUAUGGAAAAAUAUCAGACUGCCGGACGUUUAGUUAUUUGAAGACCGUGUCCGGUAGUGUCUGGUGAAAAUUUUCUUAGUGUCACGCUUGGAUCUCUUCGUACUCUGUGUACAAGGUCAGCGAAACGGAGAAAGUUGGCAUUUUUUCACUUUUUAGAAGCGCUUGAGGAUUGUAAAUGAAGGUAGAAUAUUUUCUAGUGAAAAAUUAGUAUAUUUCAAAGAGAAAUAUGGAGUUGUUUAAGGACCGUGUCCAGCCGUGUCAUUGAAAUUUUAAGCGCUUGGAUGGCUUCGUACUCUAUACAGGGUUAGCGAGAAACAUCAAGUUCGAAAUUUUAGGCUGCCUGGAGGCGCUUGAGGAUUGUACAUAAAGGUAGAACAUUUUCAUAUAAAUAUUUUUUGGAUUUCGAAGAGAAAUAUAGAAAAAUAUCGCACUGCCGGACGUUUAAUUAUUUUAAGUGUAGUCACUUCAUUGCAGGAACUCGAACGUCAGCGACACUGACAGUUUGCGUUACAAUUCUUAUUUGCUGCUUUGCAUGGACAACAACCCCGACCACUCUUUUGAGCGCAAGUUCCUCUCCACGGGCAGGAAACUUCAACUGACCCUUGGUCAUAUUUAACAAGGAUGGCAAACUUCGAUUAAAAAAAUUGAUGAAUGAAUGAAAACGUGGUGGAUCAACAUUUUCACCUUCUUCGAAAUGCUCGCAAGGAUUUUCGCGUUUCUCUUUAGCAACAACCGAUCCAUAAGCGUUUACUGCCUCGGAAUCUACUAAAUCAAUAGAUUCAUCCAAUUCCAUACCGGAUUAAAACGUAUAGAACUGUUUUAAACAGAAUUAUUUUGAUAAGCUCUUCAAAUUCAUCGGAGAAAAGGCAGAAGGUAUUUUGAGACCUGACAAGGUAAAAAUAACUGACCAAUCAGAGGCGCUAUUUAAACAAAAGCGGUGGUUCAAAACGAAAACAAACGACCGCGUUGGCUCAAGGUUGGAAAUGGGCCUUUAACUUCAGCUUAUAAAGUGAUAAAGUGUGAAACUGACACUUUUUGUAGUUUAUGAAAACUCAAAGUCAGAGCCACAAUCAGAAUCUUCGGCAUCCAAAUCUGGCAGCUCCAAGGCUUUGGAGAUUUCCUCUACCUCUUCCUCAACAGAAUAGAGUAACUGGGCGUCAUCAUCAGUUGCCUGUACACCAACAUCAUGUACAAUUACCACUGGAACAUCCUCAUUUGCAGAUCCUGGACCUGGUGGUGGUGCUGUGUUGAAAACCUUUGGAGGGCGCUUGCGACGAGGUUUAGCUGCUAACCAGGACGAAACAGCCGAAUUAAGAACAAGUCUCGGUAAGAAUCAAACAUCUUGGGGAAUGAAAAUUUUCAACCUCCCUUCAAAUUUUGCAUGCAGUUAGGCGCUCAGGGGGGAUGCACUUUAUAAAGGUUGCAGCACUCUUGUUGUCAUGGUAACAACGGCUGCUUGUUCUAGGCCUAGGGCCUCGUUUUCACACAAAAACGUCGCAAAAAAAGAGUGAAAUUUUUAUUUCUCUAUCUCAAGCUAAAUAAAACAUUACAGAUUUGCACUUCUAUCAUACAUAGUAACAUUAUUCGUUUCUACAUUGAUUCAUUCAAUUUUCCCUGGGAGUGAAUGUGAACACAGCAAUAGAUUAUUCAUCUUGGUACAGUUUCGGUCAUUUUUGUUGUCGGGUAAAAUAGGGAAAACGUUUAUCUGAAUUUCUCCAAAGGUGCACCAAUUCUGCAACUGAAACUACCCACCUAGCUGGUUAUAAUAUUCUAGUUAUUAAAUAUGUAAAAAUCUCUGCGGACCUGCCUCUACUUUUUAUGGGGGAAAUUCGCAAACGAAGCUCAAAAUCAGAUAUUGCAUAAUUUGGCGAUGUUUCUAAUGUUCUCAACAAUAAAUGUUUCAGAAAAAUGAAACAUUCAAGGCUUUAAAAGAAUGUUAUCUUAUGAGCAAUAUCCCGAAGAGAAAUCUCACCUCUAGUAGUCAUCUUUAAAAAAAAUUGAUCAACCUUCAUGGAGGACUACUCGACGUAACAACAAACAUAUACCUCAAAUCGUGUGCAUAUCAUCCAGAUUCCGAAUGCUGCACCUUCUUUUAUGGGAAUUUGAGCGAUCUGAAGUCCUCUGAAGAUACACUGUUAUACUUGUAUGUCAUUUCAGACAUGUUGAAGUCGGCUGAUCUACACGAAACUAUCCUCACACCGGUCAUUUGUCAUUAACAUGUACGUUGUCACGAUGGCGUGAAUCCGUAUUUCCCCAUGAAGUUUCCAUCGGUCGCCCCUUAGAAGACGAGAAAUGGACAUUUUUCGAAAUAUCAGCAUAUUUCCGCGCAUUCUAGGUGAAAACAACCAAAAAGAAGAAGAAAACCUCGAUUGAACGCUCGUAAAGACUGAGAGGGCAGACAUCGCAACUUGUCAGCGGCAGUUCUACAUGUAAAACCCAGUCGCCACAAUAGCAAUUUGUACGACUCGCACGAAAAUCAUCACCAAGUGGAGAUUUUGAACUACUCAGUAUCCCUGCAGUACAGCAAACGGAACAGGAAUUUCAUCACAAUCAAUUUCCAAAAAUUUAGCUUUUUUCGGGGAGUCUUUCACUUGCUCGAACGUUAUAUUGGCUUUGAGCCUUGAGAUUUAUUUCCCUUGACAAUAAAAUGCUAUAGAGAGUACUUACAAAAUUACAAAGGAACUAUUUUUAGUGUCGGUUGGACCGUGAAAUACAGAUUUGAAAUAAUUAAUACUGUCACUGAUCAACCAAAGGGCACAAUAUUCUCAGUUAUUAGCUUGAUAAUCUCUACAGACCAACGUUAUUGGACCGAACGAUCUCCUGUUUCUUCCUGGUGAGCCGGCCACCUCAGGGGAAAAUUAAAGAGACCUUUGACUCUUCUUUUUCCUGAAGGACAUGAAGCAAUCCAGAUUACAUAUUAACCAUGGGAAAAUUCAUUCAAGUGACAAGUUGCGACUUACGUGUGGAUAAUAAGUUGUUUGAAAGGUAGAAUUAUGACAUUAUGAUUCCAUUAAAUCUUUUAUUUCGAACUUUCAAUAUGGAAGGAAAUAUCGAUUGACUCGAUUGCACUGCGGCGGUGAUAAGUCUCUCCUCAUCAUAUCUUAUGCCAAUUUUCUAACAGUUUUCCGACAGUUUUUAGAUGAUUCGAAAUAUCUUAGUUCCUGUCACAAGGAAGUGAUAACUGCCCGAAUCUACUCUUUGAAAGGAGUUGCCUAUGUCGUUCAAAUUGCGAUUGCAACUGGGUUUUUACAUGUGGUACUGCCGCUGACAGUUACGAUUUAUACCCUCAGAUUCUCAGUGUUUACUAGCGUUCAUUUGAAGUUUUCCUCUAUUUUUUCUUUUCUUUUUUUUUUUGGGUUGUUUUGUUUUUACUUCAGAAAGCGGAAAUCUACUAAAACAUAUGAAAAAUAUCUAUUUCUCGUCUUCUUUGGAGCGACCGAUAGAAACUUCACGGAGAAAUACAGCAUCGUGAUAACGUACAUGUUUAUGACAAAUGACCGGUGUGAGGAUAGUUUCGUGUAGAUUCGCCGACUUCAACAUGUUUUAAACGACAUACAAGUAGAACAGUGCACCCUUAGAGGACUUCGGAUUGCUCAAAUUCCCAUGAAAGAGGGUGCAGCAUUCUGGACUAGUGCAGCACUAUCUGCAUGAUAUGAACACGAUUUGAGGUAUAUGUUUGUAGUUAUGUCGAGUUGUCCGCCAUGAAGCUUGAUCAAUUUUUUUUUUGAUGACAAGAUUUUUUUUUUAGGCAAGAUUUCAAUACGACUCCAACCAAUUUGAAUUUGUAUGACAAUCAUAUUAGUGAUGCCGGUGCUACAUCUAUUGCUAAAGCAAUCAGAGUCAACAAGACGCUAACCAAUUUAAGUUUGUCUCACAAUCGUAUUAGUGAUGCCGGUGCUACAUCUAUUGCUGAGGCAAUCAAAGUCAACAAGACGCUAACUAAUUUGAAUUUGUCUCAGAAUCGCAUUAAUGCUGCCGGUGCUACAUCGAUCGUUAAGACAAUCAAAGUCAACAAGACGCUAACCAGUUUGAAUUUGUCUGUCAAUCUUCUUAGUGAUGCCGGUGCUACAUCUAUUGCUGAGGCAAUCAAGGUCAACAAGACGUUAACUAAUUUGAAUUUGUUUAACAGUGAUAUUAGUGAUACCGGUGCUACAUCUAUUGUUGAGGCAAUCAAGGUCAACAAGACGCUAACUAGUUUGAAUUUGUCUCGUAAUCGUAUAAGUGAUACCGGUGCUACAUCUAUUGCUGAGGCCAUCAAAGUCAACAAGGCACUAACCAAUUUGGAGCUUGUCCGGCAAUGA